GCUCACCGUACUCUAUCGAUGAAAGUAAACAGAAAGGCCUUAGAAAAUAGAGGAGAAGAUGGUAGUGAGGAAAUGAUUCCUGUUUGGUCCUCAACAGAUCACGUAACACAAAGGUGCAUGGGGAGAGCUCUUUCUGGUGUCGGAGCUACUCUUGCUCUUCUCCUAGUAAAGGUAUAACCGAAGUAGCUCAUAGGAGUGCUACUUGGAUCGUUCAAAAGCUGUAUUUGGUUAUGACAGAGUUAUGGAACCUACAGAAGUGGGGACAAUACCAUGAUUGUGUAUGAGAAUGGUAGAGAAGUGAAAAUGUACGACGUUAGAUAUGACAGAUCUGAAUGCAGCUCUACAAGCCGAUUUAUUUAGUAAGGUUUUUGUUACAAUUAGCAUUUACUACGAAGAUACAUGAUGGAGGUGGCGGGUAGUGUUGCCAAUCUCACAAUGUCGUUUGCUGCUUCAAAUCAACUUUAUUAUAAUAAGCAUCAACAUAUAAUGGAGAUUCACAUUAGUUACAUUAGUUACUUCAACCAAGCGGGUACUACUCAUGUUGAGCUCGAUCAACUACGUAUGGCUGAAAUAGUAACUAAUACGCUUGCAUAUAUCACUUCUAAUCUUGCUUCGUCUACUGAAUGUAGGACAAAACAAUGGUAGUAAAUGUAAUAGGUAUAUCGCUGAGAAGAAGAGGUCUCCGAUGACUGCUAGGAGAUGGACACAAGACCGUCGAGCUCGUACAGCUAAAUUCAAACAUGCAAAAUUAUAAUUGAAAACAAUGGAACGCUUCACUUGCACCUCUCUAAUACCGAACUGUUCAAGAAAGGGGGCAUGUAAGAUUCAGGAGUAACAUUCUUAUCCAUCCUCAUCAAUCAACCGUUUCAUUUUUUAUAUAAUUCUGAAAACUAUAAUGUGGAUUUGUAAGAUUGCGUAGUUACUUCUGCAUAUAAUUGAUGUAUACCAUGAAAAUUUU